CAGUGAAACAGAGAAUUUGGGAGAAAGAGGAGAUGGCGAGCGAAGAAGAAAGAGCUGAGAGACUCCGUCGCCGCUCUCAACGAAGCACUUGCUUCUGAUCCUUCCAAUCCCGAACUUCGCUCCGUAAGAAUCUUCUUCUCUACCCUACCUUCCGUUCUGAUUUCCAUCGCAGAACCCGAAUCAAUCCGAUCGUUUGAGGGUUUCAUGUCGAGCUUCAGGCGGAUAGAUAUGGCUCUGUGUUUUGCAAUCAUACCCUUCUUGAAUGGAGGUUGAGUCGGUUUCUGCAUUCGGGGUUUGAUCAGGUUCAGGAGGAGAUAGUGCGGUUGAUCAAAGAUGCGGAGGAUGGGCUUCUUCACCUGAAACGCGCACGGUUGUUGAAGGAAUUGGACGUGGCAGCUGCACUUCCGAGCUCCAAUGUAGAGCGUAUCGACAUUGACGCCAUUACGGAUGGUGGAGUGGAAUCACUGGAGGAGGAAGAAGAUAGUGUGAUGAUGGGAGCUCUGCUAGGCUUGAUCCUGAAGCUAUAUCCCUAUUUCAGUAUGCACUAGCGAGCUAGGAAGAAGAUAGUGAUGAUACAAGUGCAGAACAAUCGGAGUCCAGUGAUUAUGAACAAGAAGAAAGCGCCGAAGGUCUAGGAUUUCUUGGAAGCAUCAACCAGCAAAGAGGCAUUCAAACCGAGACCGCCAUAUUUGCCAAGUGGGAGAAUCACACUAGGGGCAUAGCUUCCAAGAUGAUGGCAAAUAUGGGGUAUUGUGAAGGACUGGGUUUAGAAGCAUCAGGGCAGGGAAUGGUGAAUCCAAUGCCCGUGAAGGUCCUUCCAGAUAAGCAAUCUCUCGAACAUGAACAUGUUCUGGAAUCUCAGAAACGUGAAGAGGCCGGCAAUGAAAAGCAAGCAAAAAAGCGGAGCAGAGGUGGGAGGAGAAAACGUGAUAAGAAGUUUGCUGCGCCAGUUAGAGCAGCCAAAUCUGCAAAGGAACUAAGGAAGAUGAAGAAACUCGUCCAGAUAUGUAUAGUUUCAUCAAGGACCAACUAGCUGUGAGUGAUGGGUCGGCAGCCAAGAAGCAGCAAAAAACCAGUUCGGGCGAGAGGAAAGUGGGCAGGCGGGCUCUGGACCUCUGUUAGCUUAUGAAGAUGAGGUGAAGGAGUUGUGAAUUUGUGUCGAAAGGCUGAUUAGAAACAAGAAGGAGAAGUUAGUCUACGAAGCUGCCAUGAGGAAGUUAAAAGGAAGCUCGAAAGCUUUGGAAGAUGCCGAGGCUACUCAUGCUUCAGCCACCAAUGCCGUGGUUAGCAAAGAGAAGGAGAAGAAGUGGCUCAAGUUUUAAACAUGGCUUUGUUUGGUUCACAUAUCUUCUACC